CUCUCUCUCUCUCUCUCUCUCUCUCUCUCUCUCUUUCUCUUUGUGGCCUGGGCGUCUCUGCCUGUCAGGAAUAACCAAUGCUGAUAAGAGCAAGGCUACUGGAGUAAUGAAUCUUCACCCUUUUGUAAAGUUGUGAUGUUCUAUUCCAACACUAUUCAGAGCAUCUGUUCUCCUCCCCCUGAGAGGCCGUAUGAAGUUGACUAGGAGUUCAAGACUGCAUUAACGCCAGCAUGUACACAUGAUAAGCAUCUUCACCAUCACUGAACUCAACUCACUCACUCUUAGCCCAGACAGCGCUCCUGGCUCAACACAGGCUUUCUGCCAGGUCCAAAAAACAAGUGUGUGUGUGUGUGUGUGUGUGUGUGUGUGUGUGUGUGUGUGUGUGUGUGUUUGUGUGUGGUGUCAUCAGCCUCAUGUGUGUGUGUGUUCUUGUCCUCUGUACAGAGCUGAGACAUGUUGACUUUGGGAACAAUCAGCUUUUCCAUGGGAGGGAACGAGGAGGCUACCCCUUCCCUGAUUGGAGCACCCCUCGGCCGUCGCUAGGCGACCCCUCGGCGUCCGGCGGACCGUCGUCCUCCUCGGAGUCGGAGCGCGAGGAGCGUGAGCGCGCCAACGCCUGGCUCUACUCGCUGGACCCCAUCCUGCUGACCAUCAUCGUGAUGAGCUCGCUGGGCGUGCUGCUGGGCGCCGUCUGCGCCGGCCUGCUGCUCUACUGCACGUGCUCGUACAGCGGCCUGUCCUCGCGCUCCGCCACCACGCUGGAGAACUACAACUUCGAGCUGUACGACGGCAUCAAGCACAAGGUCAAGAUCAACCAGCAGCGCUGCUGCUCCGAGGCCUAGAGGACGCCCCGGCUACAGGGACGAGAGGGGGGGAGAGAGAGAGAGAGAGGGGGAGAGAGAGAGAGAGAGAGAGAGAGGGGGGGGGGGAGAGAGAGAUCAAGGGGAAGAAGAAAGAGUUUGGCUUCUAAGAGACACUUUUUUAUCUCCUCUCUCUCUCUCUUAGUACCUUUCUUUCAUCUUUCAUUUUCAUUGGAGGGAGAGGAAGACAAGGGUGCUGGAAAAGAAACCCCCUCCCUUCUCUCUUUCUCUCCUUCUCUCUUUCUCUCUCUCUCUGUCUAAUGGAAACCUUUAUCUCACUUACGUGUGGUCAGAGAAGUGGACAGAGAUAGGGGGCGCUAGAGAGGACAUCCUCGCCUGACCCAGCUGCUCACUCGCUCUUGCUCUCCUCAUCUUGUCAUGUUUGCUCUCUCCGUCCCCGCCAUGCUGAGGCUAGACUGUGAGAGAAUCAGACUUCUCCGUCCACAAAGACCCACCCGGCACUUGAACAGCAGCCCACUGCAGAGUCUCCAUCCUGGGGAGGAUGGGGGGAGGAGAGACCCCCCCUUCCCACCCUUCACCCAUACGCUGGUCCUGGAGGAUCUUCUGUCAGGAGCCAGAAAAAAGAAACAGAUUUUAAGACAUAUCAAUUGAAGCGCCUAUCCCCAAAAAAUACGAUAUAGUGAGAGCCAUGUCCGAUGAAGAAGCUGAAGAAAAGGUAGAUGUAUAUGACUUUAGAUUUCUAUAUAAAAUAAGAAAAUGCAAACAAAAAAAAAGUAUUUCUUGAAAGUGGCCGGUGGAGCGUAGUUGUGAGUGGCACUAGGACUUGUGUUCGACGGUAGUUCUGCUCCUUGCUUCCGUGUCGUGCAAAGCUGUGGCCUAGACGAUUGUGGACAGUUUUGUUUGGUUUCCUUGGAUUCUUUUUAGGUUCGUUCCUUAGACUUGUGUUUCCAGGACAACGCCAGAGCAGCUUUGUGUUCUGUUCCCUCUGUGUACAUGCUGUAGUCAUCUUUGGCGUCGGGGUCCGAAUGACCCCCUGUGUUUAGAUCCUUGUUGAUUUUAAUCUGUUUGUUUGUUUGUUUUGUGUGCUAUUUUAUGUCAUUUUGAGUUCUGUCACAGCAGUCUCUAAAUCUAGACAGUCUUGCAGUCGUGAAGGAAAAUCAAAAGAAUGCGCUCUUCAGAAGGGCCAGGCUAGUCUUUAAUGUUUUUUUAUUUAGAAUUCUAUUUGUUUUUGCUUUUGUUUUUAUUAUUAUUAUUAUUAUUGUUGUUGUUAUUGUUGUUGUUGUUCCCUCUAUUCAACACAGUGUGUGACUGUGUGUUAGCCAUUAGGAUUCUUUUUAUCGCAACCUAUGGAUUGCAGAAAAACUUUGUGGCCGUUGAACAGUGGAUGAGGCAAACUCCCCAACCCACACAGAGAGAGAGAAAGAGUGUGGAAGAGAGGGACAGAAAGAGUGAAUUUAUUCUUUAGCUUUCCCUCUUAUUUAACACAACAAAUUAUUGAGAAAGCAGAGGAAAAGUGCACGUGUGUGUGUGCAUGCAUGUGUGAAUGUGUGUGUGUGUGUGUGUGUGUUUGUGAAUGUGUGUGUGUGUGUGUCUGUGUGUUUGUUUGUGUGUGUGUGUGUGUCUGUGUGUG